AAGUGGCACGGUGCUGUAGUUUGUAGGUCAGAGCAAAGUUUUAUUUUCUAAGUGACAAACUAAACACUGAGAACAUGAAGGCUCUUCUUCUGCUUAUUCUGACAGUGUGGCUGAACAGUCAGUACGGCGGCUGCUCUCUGUCUUCUUCGUGCUGCUAUCCUCCAUCAAAGUGGUGUUCAUCUCUGGAAUCGGCUAUUGAAUGCGGGGUUUUGAAGCACUGCCUUCAGUCUAACUUCACCAAGUCUCGUCAGACAGAUGAUUCAGUCCAGGUGGGGCUUUACUAUGAGAGUCUGUGUCCUGGCUGCCGACUUUUCCUCACUGAGAUGCUCUUCCCCACCUGGCUCUUGCUCAAGGACAUUAUGUCUGUGACUCUGGUGCCCUACGGUAAUGCACAGGAGAAAUUAAUUGGACAGAAGUAUGUUUUUGAGUGCCAGCAUGGAGAAGAGGAAUGUCUGGGCAACAUGAUUGAGACUUGUUUGCUGAACAUGACUGAAAUGGCUUUCCCAAUCAUCUUCUGUAUGGAAUCCUCCACUGAUGUCAUCAAAUCAGCCCAGAGUUGCGCUCAAAUCUACAGCCCUCAGUUAAGGUGGGACAGCGUCAUGAGCUGUGUGAAGGGGGAUGUAGGAAACAAGCUGAUGCAUCAGAAUGCCUUGAAGACUGAAGCCUUGAACCCUCCACACGAAUAUGUGCCCUGGGUGACCAUUAAUGGGGUGCACACAGAUGACCUGCAGCAAAAAGCCAUGAACUCUCUCUUCAGUCUGGUCUGCAGCAUGUACAAGGGCCCCAAGAUUCCGGCCUGUGGGGGGAACCAGAAGAACUACAAAAAUAAGUGCCACAACGAGUGAAGGAGCAACUCUGCGCAUGUCACCGUGCUAGCUCUGCUCCAGGUGUGGCCACUAAACAAGGAACACUGAGGAAUGUCAUCAAACAGUUUUUUUAAAUGUGUGAUUUUGCAGUCUGUCUCUACAGAGUUACAAAUUUGAUCACCUCACUUCAUGAUUCACAAAAUAUCAAUACAAUUUACUUUCCAAAAAAAAUGUGUCAUCAUUGAAAUGUUUUCUACCGAAACCAUAAAACCAUAAAUGUUUUUUCUAAGCAUUUGA